AUGGAUUCUGCCAUUGAGAAGCUGCUUGUUACUAUCGUCGACGGGCGCGCCGAAGGCGUCCGAUUCCGCCAGGACAACCUAGGCCAUCUUCACGAGGAGCUUCGUAAGGAAUCAACAGCGCUCUGCGCAGCUCUUGAGAAGGACACCGGCGCAUCAAGAGCUGAAGUAGAAGUUGAACAUUUCUUAGCCUUGGAGGCGGUUCGCCAUUUUUACGACUCCUUGGACUUCGACAAGGAGCUGGAAACCGAAUACCUCGUGGCGCAUGGCAAAGAUAACGCGCAGAGACGAACCGGUGCGGGGCUCGUCAUCAUUCGCCCAACAACGUACACUCGUCUCUUCUCCAUAUUGAGCCCACUUGCGGCAGCUCUGGCAGCUGGCUCUGUUGUUGCUCUUGAGCUCGAGGACUCUCUGCUACAGCUCGACUCCGUCCUCCGCAAUGUCCUCAGUCGUGCCCUGAACCAGAACGCUUUCUGCAUCACAAAGAAGAUCACAGAUGAGUCCCUCCUAGGGUCGGCAACUCUUGUGGACCAGACGGGAGCCGCACCCGGUGCAAAUCAUGUCAGCCACCUGGUCUCUUCCAAUAGCAGACGGACCAUGGCCAUUGUUGAUCGUACUGCCGAUGUUGAGGCAGCAGCAAAGGCCAUCACAGCAGCGAGGUUCAGCUUUGGGGGACAGUCGCCUUACGCACCAGAUUUGGUGCUCGUUAAUGAGUAUGUGAAGAAGGAGUUCUUCGAGGCGUGCUCCAAACAUGCCACCCUAGCGUUUGCACGGGAAACCACAGUUCGAAGAGCUAGCGACAACCACAGCGAAGUCACGAGGAAAGCGGUUCAAGAGGCCGAGGACAAGCGUCUGGUUGUCAGUUUUGGGUCAAAGGACUUCAAGUUGGUCGAUAUCAAGGACAAGAAUACACCUCUGCUGAAGGCGAAAGUUAGCGGGCGCUUCUUGGCCAUCGCAACUUCUUCUGGUCUGGUAGACUCCAUCUACACGUAUGAAACCGAGCAGCCACUUCUGGCCAGCUACCUCUUCGCCAGCCCCGAUGCCGCGAAGUACCUUUCUCAACACCUUCCUUCGCACAUGUCCUUUGUCAACCAGAUCCCGUCUCAUCUUCUUCUCGGCCCUGCAGCACCAGUCUCGCGCGAUCCGGUCGUUGAGUACCGCUAUAGCAAGGAAAUGUUUUCCGUCUCCCGACCACAGAUCAUCGAAAAGCCUUCCGGCGCACUCGCAAAGGUCGAGCAACUACUUUCCGGUGCCAGCGGCAUCACCCCGCAGAGCCUUCGAAGCUUGGCCGCCACGCCAUUGAGACCUACGAACCAGCCUGGCAAUAGUAGGCUGGGGUUUUUCGAACAGGGAUUCGUACUAGGUGCCAGCCUCAUCAUGAGCGUCGUGCUGCCCAGUCUAGCAUAUGGCACGUGGAUCGGCGGUCGGCGGGUGUUUGAUUACGCAAUGAAGCUCAGAACUUAG